AUGUGGUGGCUUUCUUCUUCUUCGUGGCUCUCCGAGCUCUCAUGUUCUUCCUCCACGGUUAUAGAGUCAACAUCUUCUCUUCCAGUUGCAAUCCAAUGGCUGAGAUUUGUUUUCCUCUCUCCAUGCCCUCAACGUGCUCUCUUCUCCGCCGUAGAUCUUCUAUUCGUUUUCGUCCUCGUCUUCUUCGCUCUUCACAAACUCUUUCGUUCUUCUUCUUCUUCCUCCUCUACCGAAAUCAACGGAAACGCUGAGAUUAGGAAACCUCUACUCGGAAACAGUGGAAGAAUCCUAACGAAAACAACCGCGUGGUUCAAAACGACAGUCAUAGUCACCGUUCUAUUGUCGUUUUGCUCCGUCGUGCUCUGCGUUUUGGCGUUCACGGAGAAGCGACGGACUCAGAGACCAUGGAGCCUCGUAGACCCUCUGUUUUGGCUAAUCCACGCCGUCACAAACGCCGUCGUCGCGGUUCUCGUCCUCCACGAGAAGAGAUUCGCAGCUCCGAGUCAUCCCUUAUCUCUACGAAUCUACUGGGUUUCGAGCUUCGUCGUCACGACUCUCUUCGCCGUCUCCGGGAUUCUCCAUUUACUCUCCGACGACGGCUCCGCCGCGAGUCUGAUCGAUGAAGACAUCGCCUCCUUCUUCUCCUUCCCGUUAACCGUAUUUCUCCUCAUCGUCUCCGUCAGAGGUACCACCGGCGUUGUCACAACGGAGGAGAGCAACAGUCCUAACAAACCAUACGACGCCGUUUCGGGGAAACCCAGCAACGUCACUCUCUACGCAUCAGCUUCAGCUUUCUCCAAGAUGUUUUGGCUAUGGAUGAAUCCGUUACUAAACAAAGGAUACAAAUCGCCGUUGACGCUCGAACAAGUCCCGACGCUCUCUCCGGAGCACAAAGCAGAGAGAUUAGCUCUUCAAUUCGAAUCGAGCUGGCCGAAACCGUCGGAGAACUCGGACCAUCCCGUCCGUACGACUCUAAUCCGAUGUUUCUGGAGAGAAAUCCUCUUCACGGCGAUCUUAGCCAUCAUACGUCUCUGCGUCGCGUACGUCGGUCCAGUUCUCAUCCAGAGCUUCGUCGAUUUCACCUCCGGCAAGGGAUCCUCGCCGAACCAGGGCUAUUACCUCGUCCUCAUCCUCCUCAUCGCGAAAUUCGUCGAGGUCUUGACGACGCAUCAGUUCAAUUUCAACUCUCAGAAGCUUGGGAUGCUUAUAAGGUCGACUCUAAUCACCGCAUUGUACAAGAAAGGUCUAAAGCUCACCGGCUCGGCGCGUCAGAACCACGGCGUCGGUCAAAUCGUGAAUUACAUGGCCGUGGAUGCGCAGCAGCUCUCUGACAUGAUGCUUCAGCUCCACGCGAUCUGGCUUAUGCCGUUUCAGCUCACCGUUGCGUUAGUGCUUCUCUACAGAAACCUAGGCCCGUCUGUGGUGACGGCCGUCGUCGGUCUCACCGGAGUGAUCGUGUUCGUCCUCCUGGGGACGAAGAGAAACAACGUGUUCCAGUUCUUAGUGAUGAGAAACAGAGAUUCUCGGAUGAAGGCCACGAACGAGAUGCUCAACUACAUGCGAGUCAUCAAGUUCCAGGCGUGGGAGAAUCAUUUCAACAAGAGGAUCUUGAAAUUUAGGGACAUGGAGUUUGGUUGGCUCUCAAAGUUUCUCUACUCGAUAGCCGGGAACCUCAUUGUUCUCUGGAGCUCGCCGGUGAUCAUCUCCGCGCUCACUUUCGCCACCGCGCUUUUCUUGGGAGUCAAGCUUGACGCUGGGACUGUUUUCACCACCACAAGCAUUUUCAAGAUCUUGCAAGAACCCAUCAGGACGUUUCCUCAGUCUCUGAUAUCUCUCUCGCAGGCUAUGAUCUCUCUGGGAAGACUGGACAAGUUCAUGAUGAGUAAAGAGCUGUCUGAAGAGGCUGUGGAGAGAGCCAUGGGUUGUGAUGGUAAUGUCGCUGUGGAGGUUAAAGAUGGAAGCUUUAGCUGGGAUGAUGGGGAAAACGAACCUGCUCUCAAAGACAUUAACUUUAAGGUUAACAAAGGAGAGCUCACAGCGAUUGUUGGAACCGUUGGUUCGGGGAAAUCUUCCUUGUUAGCUUCGGUUCUUGGCGAAAUGCACAGACUCACCGGCCAGGUGAGAGUUUGUGGGAGCACAGGUUAUGUAGCGCAGACAGCGUGGAUACAGAACGGGACGGUUCAAGAAAACAUUUUGUUUGGUCUUCCGAUGGUUAGAGAGAAGUACGAGAACGUUCUCAACGUGUGUAGUCUUGAGAAAGAUAUGCAAAUGAUGGAGUUUGGGGAUCAAACUGAGAUUGGAGAACGAGGAAUCAACCUCAGCGGAGGGCAGAAGCAGCGUAUACAGCUCGCUCGUGCGGUUUAUCAGGAUUCCGAUGUCUACUUGCUUGAUGAUGUUUUCAGCGCCGUGGAUGCUCAUACCGGUUCAGAUAUUUUCAAGAAAUGUGUAAGAGGAGCUUUGAAAGGCAAGACAAUCUUGCUCGUAACUCAUCAAGUGGACUUCUUGCACAACGUCGAUUGCAUUUUGGUGAUGCGGGAGGGGAAAAUAGUCGAAUCAGGAAGAUACGACGAGUUAGUCAGCUGUGGGUUGGAUUUCGGGGAACUAGUGGCUGCACAUGAUACAUCAAUGGAGCUAGUUGAAGCCGGUGCAGACUCUGCAGCAGCAACACCGAUGUCUCCCGGUGCAAGCUCUCCAAGAGGGUCCAUGGAGUCUCGUAGCUUAAGUGAUCUGAACGGUGAACACGUCAAGUCGUUUACAGGUUCUCAAAGCGUAGAAGAUGGCUCGAAGCUCAUCCAAGAAGAGCAAAGAGAAACCGGGAAGGUGAGCCUGCGAGUUUACAAACAGUACUUCACCGAAGCAUAUGGUUGGUGGGGCGUUGUGUUUGUGGUGCUCUUCUCUUUAACGUGGCAGGGCUCUGUGAUGGCUAGUGAUUACUGGCUCGCCUACGAGACAUCAGCCGAGAAUGCAGUUUCAUUUAACCCCUCUGUUUUCAUUGGUGUAUACUUCAUUAUUGGACUUGUUUCCAUCGUUUUCGUCUCCUUGCGCCAGCUGUUCAUCACCCACUUGGGACUCAAGACGGCUCAGAUGUUCUUCCAAGCGAUUCUUAACAGUAUCUUACAUGCUCCCAUGUCGUUCUUCGACACCACACCAUCGGGAAGAAUUCUCAGUCGGGCAUCCACUGAUCAAAGCAGUGUCGAUAUCUUCAUUCCGUUCAUCCUAGGACUUGUGAUCUCAUUGUACACUGCUCUGCUGGCCAUUUUCGUAGUUACUUGCCAAUACGCUUGGCCAACUAUAUUCUUUAUAAUUCCUCUUGGAUGGCUCAACAUAUGGUACCGGAACUUUUACCUCGCAACUACCCGUGAAUUAACACGGCUGGACUCGAUCACUAAGGCUCCCGUCAUCCACCAUUUCUCUGAGAGCAUAGCCGGAGUGAUGACAAUCCGAUCAUUCAGGAAACAUGACUUGUUCAGGCAAGAGAAUGUGAGGCGUGUCAACGAUAAUAUCAGGAUGGAUUUCCACAACAAUGGGUCAAACGAAUGGCUCGGGUUUCGGCUAGAGCUUUUUGGUAGCUGGAUGCUCUGCAUCUCAGCUCUCUUUAUGGUAAUGUUACCUAGCAACGUAAUCAAACCAGAAAAUGUUGGGAUGGCUCUUUCGUAUGGACUGUCUCUGAACGGGGUUCUCUUCUUUGCGAUAUACAUGAGCUGUUUCGUCGAAAACAAGAUGGUUGCCGUGGAAAGGAUCAAGCAGUUCACUGAUAUACCUUCAGAAGCCGCGUGGGAGAACAAAGAAAACCUCCCACCUUCGAAUUGGCCUUUCCAUGGAGAUGUACAUCUUGAAGACCUCAAGGUACGUUACAGGCCAAACACUCCACUUGUGCUCAAGGGAAUCACUCUUGACAUCAAAGGAGGAGAGAAAGUAGGUGUAGUUGGACGAACAGGAAGCGGGAAGUCGACGUUGAUCCAAGUCUUGUUCAGGCUUGUAGAACCUUCGGCAGGGAGGAUAGUCAUCGACGGGAUUGAUAUCUGCAGUAUAGGUUUGCAUGAUCUCAGGUCAAGAUUCGGAAUCAUUCCUCAAGAACCAGUCCUCUUUGAAGGAACCGUGAGGAGCAACAUCGACCCAACAGAACAAUACUCUGACGAAGAAAUCUGGAAGAGCCUCGAACGAUGCCAACUCAAGGAUGUUGUUACGGCGAAGCCUGAGAAGCUCGAUUCUUUGGUGGUUGAUAGUGGCGAGAACUGGAGCGUAGGGCAGAGGCAGCUUCUAUGUUUGGGGAGGGUUAUGUUGAAACGAAGCAGACUUCUGUUCCUAGACGAAGCAACUGCGUCUGUAGAUUCUCAAACCGACGCUGUGAUUCAGAAGAUCAUCAGAGAAGACUUUGCGUCGUGUACUAUUAUCAGCAUUGCUCACCGGAUUCCUACAGUGAUGGAUGGUGACCGAGUCCUGGUUAUAGACGCAGGGAAAGCGAAAGAGUUCGAUAGUCCGGCUCAUUUGCUGGAGAGGAAGUCUCUGUUUGCGGCGCUGGUGCAAGAGUACGCUCUCCGAUCUACCGGAAUAUGA